AGGAGGCCGGAAGAGAGACUGGGGACGGUCUCCUGCUACGGUGGCCUGAAGGAGAGGCGAAGUAGUUGCAACCGAAUAUAUUCAUUGUGCGACUCACAAUCGUGAUGUCUUUCAAGAGAGAAGGGGACGAUUGGAGUCAACUCAAUGUGCUCAAAAAACGUAGAGUUGGAGAUCUUUUGGCCAGUUACAUCCCAGAGGAUGAAGCGCUUAUGCUACGGGAUGGACGCUUUGCCUGUGCCAUCUGUCCCCACCGACCAGUCCUGGACACCCUGGCCAUGCUGACUGCCCACCGAGCAGGCAAGAAACACCUGUCCAGCCUACAGCUUUUCUAUGGCAAAAAGCAGCCGGGAAAAGAAACAGAGCAAAAUCCAAGACCGCAGAGUGAAUCAAGGAGGGAAGAAACCAAGGCUGAGGCUCCUCUGCUAACCCAGACCCGACUUAUCACCCAGAGGGCUCUGCACAGAGCUCCCCAUUACAACAGUUGCUGCCGCCGGAAGUUCAGACCGGAAGCGCCUGGUCCUUCCGUCUCCCGUACCCCUUUGCCAUCCCCGGAGACUGAACUCGAAAGUAGGGAACCUGAGCCUGGGGGCGGCCCACAGGCCACGGAGUCGGCAGCUGUCUCAGCCCCUGCCCCUCUGAGCCCCGCAAGAAGGCGAGCGCUGGAUCAUUACCUCACCCUUCGAAGCUCUGGAUGGAUCCCAGAUGGACGAGGUCGAUGGGUAAAAGAUGAAAAUGUUGAGUUUGACUCUGACGAGGAGGAACCUCCAGGUCUCCCCCUAGACUGACACCCCCUUUCCCCAUUCAGUUCAUAAAUAAACUACAAUGGGCGCUGGGAGCCCAACUUUCUUCAA